AUGGAAAUUACUCAAAGUAACAGUGUGAUGCAUUCUUCCACAAACAGCAGUAGCAGUGAGAUAGUGUACGGUGCUACUGGAUCAAUUGGUUCGGCAGGUGAUGACACUCGCGUUAUGUCGGAAAAAGUGCAAGUGCUUGCUUCAUCAAUUUACAAAGAAUUCGAAACUAUGAUAGAAAAAAAUGGAGAAGACAGUGUCAAAAAUCUGAUGCCACUAGUUGUCAAUGUAUUGGAAAGUCUGGACCUUGCAUAUUUGGAAAAAGAAGAAUGCUCAGUUGAUUUGGAAAUGCUUAAAGAAGAUAAUGAGCAACUGAUGAUACAAUAUGAAAGAGAGAAACACCUUAGGAGAGCUCAAGAUCAGAAAUGUUUGGAAAUUGAAGAUUCACUGAUAGAACAAAAUCGAGAGCUUGAAAGUAAAAUUGAGUCUCUGGAGUCGAUAAUGAGAAUGUUGGAGUUAAAAGCGAAGAAUGCAUCUGAUCAUGCUUCAAGACUGGAAGAACGGGAAGCAGACCAGAAAGCUGAAUUUGACAAAUUACACGAUAGAUACAAUGUUUUGUUGAGAACACAUAUUGAUCAUAUGGAAAGAACAAAAUACCUAAUGGGAAGUGAAAAAUUCGAAAUGAUGCAAAGCAUGCCUUUACCUUCACAGCAGUUAAGAACAAAAAUGGGAAUGGCAGCUUCAGUAGAUGUAAACGCAAUUCGCGGCGUAUCUGAUUUGAUAAGUGCUCAUAUGUCACAGAGUACCACACUUGACGUCAAUCUUGCCAAUCAUAUUAGUAGCGAAUCUGAUUGGCAUGAUGAAUUCGGCCAAAAUGCUUCUGAUAUACUACAGUCACCUCGUGAUUCCUCAACCUUGGAAUCGCCGCGUGAAGUACCUCCAGUACUUCCUGAUAACACUUUUCAAUCUUCCACAUCUGUUCCAGUAGCAGUUGCAGUAACCAAUGAUGCUGUGGAUUCUCUUGGCGCAGAUCUAACAGGAAUGGGCCGUGAAGUGGAAAAUUUGAUCAAAGAAAAUACUGAAUUACUGGAGACGAAAAAUGCCCUUAAUAUUGUGAAGAAUGAUUUGAUUGCCCGUGUUGAUGAAUUGAGCAGUGAACAAGACAUAUUACGUGAAGAGAUUCGAAGUUUGGAAAUGGUAAGGUCGAAGAUGAAUGAACGGAUAAAAGAGUUGGAAUUGGAAGUCCGUGAGCUUAAAGAUAAGUUGGAAGUUCGAAAUGAAGAUGAUCAGGAGGAUCUACCAAUGGCACAACGGAAGCGUUUUACACGGCUUGAGAUGGCUCGUGUUCUGUUGGAGCGUAAUCAAUACAAGGAAAAAUUGAUGGAGCUCCAGGAAGCUAUGAAAUGGACUGAAAUGCAACGUGCUAAGCGUUUGAAUGCUCUGAAUACUAAAAAGAGUAGUGGAAUUUGGGAAUUUUUCUCUGGUUUAUUUAUGCACGAGCCACCACAUAGUUCAAAUCGUCGGAGAAGAAUAGGUGGUAAUGAGCGUGAUGCCCUUCGUCGUUCAAAUGCGAAAACAAUUGAUUUCAUGGAUGCAGAUUAUGCAUCCGAAAGAAGGGCUGCAGAAAAGCGACAGCAGUAUAAAAUUGUAAAGGAACAUAUGAAGCGUGAAAAAAACGGUGCAUAUGGAUGGUCUAUUCCAGAGGUUUUUGGUGAACGCAGUGAAAAUACUGUGGUACCAGUCCCAAUGUUCUGCAGACCACUCAUUGAUUUGGACCCUUCAUUGAGGAUCUGGUGUUCAUCGGGUGUUACGUUGCGAGGGGGUAGAACACCUGAUGGUGGAUAUAUUGUUGAAGAUUUAACGCAUCGUAGAACUCCAAAAGAAUCUAUGCCGCUUGAGAAGUCAGUAGAUAAAAUUGACUUCGCACAUAAGGAAACAACGACGAAUGAGCGUGAAGUGGAAAUGCUUACAUGGGAGAGUUCAAGUUUGUUAUGGGUAUGUAGUUCGAAUCAAGGACGUAGUCAUAUUGUUAUACUAGAUGCAAACAAUCCAAACAGUGUUAUUGAUGCGUUCCAGGCAUGUUCCGCACACAUUCUCUGUGUCUCGUCUGUACCAGGUGUUCAAGAGUUGGAUUAUCCUUCGGAAGAUAUGGACUGGAAAAAAUUUUGUCGUGGUGGCGGUUAUGUGAAAGGCUUGCCAUCAAAUAUCAACGAGCAGGAACAAUUCGGUGCCGUGGAGUGGGUGGAGUUGCGAAAACUUGAUUCGGGUGAAGACACUACGUUAACUUACUGUGGUCCUCAUCAGAAACCUUCUCCGCAACGAUCACGAGAUUUCAGUGUUUGUGAACAGAGUGCACCAAGUACUUCCGAGAGUAACCAAGGUCUAAACGAGGUAACUGAACUCGUCAAAUUGGAAAACGAAGUGAAAGAUGAGAACGAAACGAAGAAAGUUGAGGAUAAUGGCAUUGUGAAGAAAUAUAUACUUCUGGAAAAACUUAAAGAAGCAGCUGAUAUGGGCACUAUUGAUACUUUGGAACAAGCAGGAGAAGGCGGUUUUAGUGCACUUCCAGCUCAUAUUAAAAAUAAACUCAGCAAGUAUGAAGGUCUAUCAGACAACGUGACUUCUCUGCCAACGAUGUGGAUGGGAUCUCAGAAUGAGUAUAUAUUUAUUCAUUCGGCGGUAUCGAAAUGGCGUAAAUGUUUACGGCGUAUAAAGAUGUGUGACGCGGUCCUUUCCAUUGUACAUUACAAGGGAAGAGUAUUCGCCGCGCUGGCUAAUGGAUCUAUUGCUGUUUUUCAUCGGAAUGCAAAUGGUGGUUGGUCUGAAGCAGGUUACCAUUGUAUCACUGUCGGUCGUGCGACAAGUUCAGUAAGAUCACUUUCAGUGGUGGGCGAUCGUUUGUGGGCUGCUUAUCGCAACUGUAUCAUUGUCAUUGACCCAGAAGAUCUUACUGCGAAGAAAGUUUUUGCUGUGCAUCCAAUACGAAAUAGUCAAGUGCAUCAUAUGCAAUGGAUUGGUGAUGGCGUAUGGAUCUCUGUUCGAUUCGAUUCAACACUUCGACUUUACCAUGCCUAUAAUCAUGAACAUCUUCAAGAUAUUGACAUUGAACCCUAUGUCACAAAAAUGUUGGGCACUGUUACGCUGGAUUAUUCCUACAUGCCCACGACUGCGCUAUUGGCAAUCUCUCGACGUUUAUGGAUUGGCACAGGAAUGGGUGUUAUUAUUUCAGUACCCCUUUCUGGAACUAAUCAAAAUCGAGUUGAAACAAAAGUAGAGAUACAUUCACAUACUGAAGAUGUGCGAGGUCCAGGUGGAUUAAUUAGGGUUUAUGGUGAUGUGGCCUGCGAGACAACAUCGUCUGGUAGCUUUAUACCAUACUGUGAUAUGUCACAUGCCCAGCUCUCAUUUCAUGGACACAAGCAUCCAGUGAAAUUCUUGUUGGCUGUCCCUGGUGUCUCAUCGGGAACCCCUACGAAGUCGUUGGAUUAUGCUGGCAAGUUAGAUAAAUUGGCUUCCCUGAAAAUGCUUGUUAUUUCUGGUGGUGAUGGUUAUAUCGAUUUUAGAAUAGGAGAAGAAGAUGCUAUAGACGUGACAGAUGCAGUACGAACUCGAGAUUUGUCUCACCUGAUUGUUUGGGAAAUACCUACUAAACCGCUUUUUUAA